CUUGUCGAGAGUCAGCUUGAGUGCCAUCGCAACUACGCGCGCAACGAUGGGCGCUCCAGAUCCCCUUCCGCUGGGCUCGGAUCGGACCUCAUCGGCCCUCCGACGCAGCUGUGUUUUCUGUCGCUCCCGGAAGAUCCGAUGCUCGGGCGAAUCCAUCUGCAGUGCUUGUGAGAAGCGCAACCUCAGCUGCGUCUACAGUCCGGAAGCUCGCAAAGGCCGACCCAAGCAGAAGGGGACAACGGCACAGCCUGACCCCGCCUCUGAUACACAUAGUAACCAUGGCGGAGAACCUUUACCAUCCCCCAGAACAUCCGUGGAGGGCGCCUCUCACAGCCCCGAGUCUGCAACCAACUCUGCCUUGAACGACAUCGUGGGCGAUGAGCUGGAGCGAAGGUUCAACGUCUGGUUCAUCGCAAAGUCCGAGUCGUGCACUAAUCUCUUUCAAAAUUCGAUUGUCUCUUAUCGGUGGGACAUGAAGCAGCCUUCGCAGAAGGGCUCGCCAGUCCGCCCCAUAAAACCCCCUUUGAGCUACGAUGGAUUGCUGUCUUUUAUGGCUUCUGAGAUGGUGGGCAUCCUGCCACUUCGUUUUAGUUACUUGGGAGACCAGCAACCGGAUACCCCAAACCAAAAUUACUAUGUCUCGAGCUUGGCAGCAGACACGACGCUCACAAUGUUUGAUCCUAUCGAGCGUGAUUUCGAUCCUCUGAUGGCACUGGGGAAACAUCUUGUCCUCCAGCUGGUCGACGUGUGGUUCUCUGCACAUCCUUUAUCGCCCCUGGUGUCUAAAACGCUACUUACAACGGCAAUCCAAGAACAAACAGUGGAUAGAGCCCUUCUAGGGGUCAUCUUGGCCGAUGCGUGCGAGGCACAGCCCAUCACGACCGGGUCGGAUGGAGAUGUCUACAACAACCCCCAGGCACUAUUCCAGGUGGCUUUAUUGCAGCUGAAGCAGCGCACUCUAACUCUUGAGGAUCCAUUUGUUCUAUCGACCGUGCAAGCAGUAUUCCUGAUCGGAUGGAGGGAGUUAUGCCUUGGCCAUGCCCGCCGCGCUACCUGCUUAUCAGGCUAUGCUUGCCGGGUUAUCGCCUGCCUGUACACCUGGCAGACGGAUAGCAGGGCGUGUAGCAGAAAGUUAAAUGGUGUCGAUGUGGGCGUUGUUGAACGGGAACUUGUGCAAAAUAUCUACUGGUUGUGCUUGGCCACCACCACAUGGGCCUUCAUGCAGAGCGACCAGCCAUUCACACUGCUCACCCCGGAAACAACGCCUGAGUUUCCAUGCUUGGAUGAGACUGCCUCGGCGAUUCUCCACUUGGAUCGCGCGUCGGGCAACAUCUCUACGCUACAAUCACAAAUCCAGGCUAUGCGGUGCCUGUGGCCGCUUAGCCAUAUUACUAGUACCGUGGGGCAUGUCUAUACAUUGUAUCUCAACACGCCAGCAGAGGACAAGCCAGGGCAGCCAGUAUCAUGGCAGAAGCAGCAUCUCCAUCAGUUGCAUCAGCUUUUCCAGCCUCGUUUUGACCGAUCUGUGCUGGCGUCGAGGUUGCACAGAAUUCUCCUCCACGCCAUUGAGCUCGUCACGAGCCAGGUCGGCAUCAUAACCUCGCGCUCCUUUCUAUUGAAUGCUUACCAUAGCAUCGCUAUCCAUAUGCUCUUCUCGGGGGAUAAAGUUGGCCAAGAGCGACAGAUGAUCUCUCCGUCCACCAUUGAUUCUUUCUGUCAGUCCGCUUCUGCACUCCUUGCCAUCGCUCAGCAAAGCUCUUCGCAACCGACUAGUCCGAUGUCAACACAAGUAAAUAUCGGCAUCGAGUGUUCGAAUAUGAUGCUCUACGGUCUUGACACAUGCAGCCGAGGCCUCUCAUACAUCUACACCCGACAUGAGCGGGGUUCGAUCGAGGAGCGCAAUACGAUUAACAUGACGCAAACCCAGCUGAUAGAUGUCGCUGCUCAGCUAUAUCAAGCGUGCAAAGGGGAUGCCGUGUCCCGUCUAGGGUCUGCGUUACUGCCAGUGAAGAAACGAUUUAAGCGUACGAAGAUAGCCUUUGAACUUCUUGGGUCGUCUGCAGUUCCAUCACUGCCUUCUGGUCCGAAUGAGACCGAUACUACGGGUAUCUGGGCUGCCGCAAAUGAUCUCCGGUUGGACCCAGGGGUCAUUGAUCAGCUGGCAGGCCAAUCUCUUAACUCUAGUCCCGGGUCUCUGCCGGCUAUGGCACCCGACCCAUCCAUGACAUUCCCUGAGCAUCCGACCGAGGUCAUUGAUCCGGGGUUUUUCAUAAACGGUCCGGUCGCAGCGCCCCUUCUGGGGUUUCCGGGCCUUGCCAAAAUGAAUAUGCAACUACAGGACUACCUCUUUCAAGACGAAAGCGAUCCAACCCAGGACAUCUCUGGUCUCUUUGGCCAAGACACGGGAGAGAAUUCGACUUAGCAAUUCAUCUAGUCUUCAGCCAACUGUAUGACAACAGUCCCACAUUAAAUAAUAAGUCAUAUCCAGCUGCUGUACA